UGCGGCCUCCCCCAGCGGCGCGGUGACGUGGCGGCGCGGUGCAGUGACAGUUGCCAGCGGAGCUGCCGCCUCCUCUUUCUCGCGCGGAGCAGCAGCGCCGGCAGAUACGUAACCACGCACCUGAAGCCAAUAAUGUUUUCCAAACUGGCCCACUCACAAACCUUGUCUCUCCUACAUCGUGGUUUUCAUGCUUCAGUGAGUUCAACUGCAUCUAUCGCAACCAAAAAAACUGUCCAAGGACCUCCAUCUUCUGAGUAUAUAUUUGAACGUGAGGCUAAAUAUGGUGCACACAACUAUCAUCCUCUACCUGUUGCUCUAGAAAAAGGAAAAGGCAUUUACACGUGGGAUGUUGAAGGCAGAAAAUAUUUUGACUUCUUGAGUGCUUACAGUGCUGUCAAUCAAGGUCACUGUCAUCCAAAGAUUGUGGAUGCUCUGAAAUCUCAAGCUGAGAAACUGACCCUUACCUCCAGAGCAUUCUACAAUGAUGUGCUUGGUGAAUAUGAAGAGUACAUCACAAAAAUGUUCAACUACAAUAAAGUUCUUCCAAUGAACACAGGAGUGGAAGCAGGAGAAACUGCCUGUAAACUGGCUCGUAAGUGGGCAUAUACUGUUAAGGGAAUUCCAAAAUACAAAGCAAAGAUUCUUUUUGCAGCUGGUAACUUCUGGGGCCGAACAAUGUCUGCCAUCUCUAGCUCUACAGAUCCAUCCAGUUAUGAAGGAUUUGGACCAUUUAUGCCAGGGUUCGAAAUAAUACCAUACAAUGACCUACCAGCUCUUGAGCGUGCUCUUCAGGAUCCCAAUGUAGCAGCUUUCAUGGUUGAACCAAUUCAAGGUGAAGCAGGUGUGGUUGUCCCCGAUGAAGGUUACCUUACAGGAGUGCGAGAGCUGUGCACAAAACACAAUGUUCUCUUUAUUGCUGAUGAAAUACAAACUGGUUUAGCUAGAACUGGGAAAAUGCUGGCUGUUGACCAUGAAAAUGUGAGACCUGAUCUAGUCCUUCUUGGAAAGGCUCUGUCUGGUGGCUUAUAUCCCGUAUCAGCAGUACUAUGUGAUGAUGAAGUUAUGCUGUCUAUUAAGCCUGGUGAACAUGGCUCUACCUAUGGAGGAAAUCCAUUAGCUUGCCGUGUGGCUGUGGCAGCACUUGAGGUAAUAGAAGAAGAAGGCUUAGCUAAAAAUGCAGAAGCAAUGGGUAUCUUAUUGAGAAGUGAACUCAUGAAGACACCAUCAGACAUUGUGACCUGUGUGAGAGGGAAAGGAUUAUUAAACGCCAUUGUUAUUCGUCAAACUAAAGACUAUGAUGCCUGGAAAGUGUGUCUGCGGCUUCGUGAUAAUGGACUUCUUGCCAAACCCACGCACGGUGACAUCAUCAGACUGGCACCUCCGCUCGUGAUCAAGGAGGAUGAAAUCAGAGAGUGCAUUGAAAUCAUUCACAAGACCAUUCUGUCUUUCUGAAUACACCAUAUUUUAAAUGUAUUUGCUAGUUGGCCCAAGGUGCGGUGCGUGGAAAAAAGUGGUCUAUGAAGGCCUGUUCUUGAAGCAAGCAUCAUCCACUCCCUUAAUCCAAAAGGAUUUCACUCUUCCAAAAAUUAGUCAUGUUUAGGCCUUUAAAUUAUAAUGGAUUGGGAAAAGGCAUAUUGUGACUCUGAAGAGCUUCCAACCUCUGGCAACUAUUUGGAAACAAAGUGGUGAUACUAUAUUUAGUGUAUCAUGUAUUAUAUACUUCAAGUCAAACUGCCUGGCAGGAGCCUGUAUGUAGAUGCCUUUUUAAUUGCUGAAAGUUUCAGCCAAAUCUUAAAGCAUAAUUUAUGUAUAUUUCAAUAAGAAUAAAAUAGUGCCCUCCUAAAACUACACAAAACUUUCUGUUGAGUAUAUUUGGUGUUUGGUGCAGUGUUUGUAGGGAUGAAGAUCUUGGCACUAAUGGCUUCAUUUUUCUCUUCCUUUUUUGAUAGUUAUGAAAAGGCUUCCAAUCAUUAAGGUUGCUUACAGAUGUGAAACUCCCACCCCCCCAGCACUUUAAACUUGGUGUGCCCCUGCGCUGAGUGCAGCACGUUCCCAAAAGGCAUCAUGUUUGUUUGACCCAGUUCACCCAAGGUCUGUAUAGAUUGCACACUUCAGUGGGGCUUUUUGAGACUUUUAUCAAGAUUCAUAGAUUCGUAGAUGCUAGGGUCAGAAGGGACCUCAACAGAUCAUCAAGUCCGACUCGCUGCCCUGGGCAGGAAAGAGUGCUGGGGUCAGAUGACCCCAGCCAGAUGUUUAUCCAACCUUCUCUUAAAGACACCCAAGGUAGGAGAGCACCACCUCCCUUGGAAGCCCAUUCCAAAUUCUGGCCACACUGAACAUGAAGAAGUUCUUCCUGAUGUCCAGCUUAAAUCUGCUGUCUGUCAGUGUGUGACUUGUUCCUUGUUACCCCAAGAGGUGCCCUGGUGAACAGAGCAUCUCCGGUUCUUUGCUGCGCCCCCCUAAUGAAUUUUUAGGCAGCCCCAAGAUCACCUCUCAGGCUUCUCUUGUGGAGGCUGAAGAGAUCUAGGUCCCUUAGUCUCUCCUUAUAGGGCUUGGCUUGCAAACCCUUAACCGUACGAGUGGCCCUCCUCUGGACCCUCUUGAGGUUAUCCACAUCCUUCUUAAAGUACAACACCCAAAACUGGACGCAGUACUCCAAAUGCAGUCCGACCAAUGCCGUAUAGAGGGGAAGUAUCACCUCCUUGGCUCUAUUUGUCAUGCAUCUGCUGAUGCAUGAUAAAGUGUGGUUAGCUUUGCUGAUGAUUUUGUCACACUGACGACUCAUGUUCAUCUUGGAGUCCACUAUGACUCUGAGAUCCCUUUCUGCUUCUGUGCUGCUGAGAGGGUCAUUUGCCAGCCAGAAGGUGUGCUGGAUAUUUUUAUGCCCUACGUGCAGCACUCUGCACUUGUCCUUGUUGUACUGCAUCCUAUUGUGUACUGCCCACUUUUCUAACCUGUCCAGGUCUGCCUGUAAUCAUUCCCUACCCCCCAGAGUGUGCACUUCACCCCACAAUUUAGUAUCAUCCACAGAUUUGGACAGAGUACACUUCACGCCCACAUCCAAGUCACUAAUGAAGACAUUGAAGAGUACAGGUCCAAGGACUGAGCCCUGCCAGACCCCACUGCCCACAUCCUUCCAGGUCGAAUAACUGACUGAAUCUGCUAUUAGAUAAAAGUGCCAAAAAGCUGCACUGAAGCAUGUGAUCUAUACAGAUGCUGGGGAGCUGGGUCAAACUAACACGCUUCCUCUGCCAGUAAAGUGUUGUUUUCUUUUUUUUUUUUCCAUGCCUGUCAGCUGCCUAAGAUUUGAUAAACUGGCUACCCUGCUGGUAAAUGCAGUAAGCACAAACUCAUGUCUGGUAUGUAUUUUGAAUGUGUUGCACUGAACAUUAUUUUCAAGAAUGUGAUCUUGGUAUUUGGCUUCCAAAUUUGUAAAGCAGAUCUGAAUGUACAGGUCUUGUGUUAUCAUUUUUAAACUAUUACCUGUCUAUAAUUUAGAAGUUUGUUUACAUUAAGACAUGGUGAUGCACAAUUGAACUGGAUAAUACAAUCGCAAGAACUAAAUUCAA